AUGGAGACCCUCAAGGCGGUUUUCUUUGGGCCGGACCCUCAGACACAGAUGAGAAAAUGCAACCAGCUCAUACGCUCAAAUACCCGUCAGUUGGACCGUGACAUUGCUCAGCUCAAGGCCCUCGACAACAAGACUCGACAGACGAUCGUCACUGCCUCGAAGCGCGCUCAACGAAACCCCGCCCGCGCGAAGCAAGCCAACAUUGAAGCCAAAAUGCUUGCAAGAGAGCUGGUUCGGGUCCGGAAACAAGCUACUCGGCUCAGCACCAGUCGGGCUCAGUUACAGAGCGUACAGAUGCAGGUGAACGAAGCGUUUUCGAUGCGGAAGAUCCAGGGUAGUCUGCAAAAGUCGACGGGCAUAAUGAAGGACGUCAAUAACCUCAUUCACCUCCCACAACUGUCUGCGAAUAUGCGGCAGCUUGCCACAGAGCUUGUGCGAGCAGGCAUCAUCGAAGAAAUGGUCGACGACGCUUUGCCGAACAACGAGUUGUAUGAGGAUGAAGAGAUAGAAGCCGACGAGGAAGUUGACAAGAUCUUGCAAGAAAUCCUGCAGGGCAAGCUGUCCCAGGUCGAAGACGUCAAGCCGGAGAGACCACUCGAGGAGCCCCAGCAGGCCGAAGAAGAGUUCGAAGACCAGGAGGCUGCUUUGGCCCAGAUGCGAGGACGACUAGAAGCGCUCAAGAGCUGA